CGUCAUCGGGUCGCUGUGUGUCUGUGUGACGUAUUACACAAACAAGUUAUCUCGAGGUAAAGCUUAACCGGCGGAGAUGAACUACAUCCUGUGACAGUCUUUAUAUUAUAAAUUCAGUUCUUGGAAUAAGGUUACCAUGAUGCUGCUCAGUUUAAGAAGAAUUGCUUCGCCUUCUAUUCUACAGUCCAUCAGAAAUCUACAGUCUUCGUAUCUCAUUCAGAGAAAUGUUCCAGCAGCUUCCAGAUGUGCUUUCAUCCACACCGGCAAUCCACAUAGGACGUCAUUCAAUGUGCAGGACAGUGAUGAUUUCAUGGAACGUGUUAUAAAAAGCAAUAAACCUACUGUGGUUGAUUUUCAUGCAACAUGGUGUGGUCCAUGCAAGAUCUUGGGGCCUCGAUUAGAAAAGGUCAUUGCAGCACAAAAUGGCAAGGUUCAACUCGCUAAAGUGGACGUGGAUACUAACACAGACCUCGCCAUGGAAUAUGGCGUGUCUGCUGUUCCAAUGGUAAUUGCUGUGAAGCAGGGAGAAAAAGUUGAUGAGUUUAUAGGGCUUCAAGAAGAAGAUCAGUUGAAUUCCUUUGUUGAAAAAUUACUUUAAAAUAUAUAAAAAAAAACAUUGGAGCAUAGAGCAAACGCGGGUUAUUUCCACAAUUAAAUUUAAAAAUGCAUUUUAUAAAUAUAAAACGACAAUUCCCAACAAAUCCCAAAGCUAGUAACAACUCAGUUUAGCAUGUUUAGCAUCUGCAUUGAUUUUAGCCAAAAUGGACUGUCCCUGUUUUUCUAAUCAAAGUUUACGUGAAAAACUGUACAUGUACAGAUUUGUUUGGAAUAAAGACUUUCAUAUUUCAUAUACAUUGUAUAGUUUUAAUAGUGAACACAG